AUGCCCCCUCGAAUUGGGGCUUUGAUCAAGACGGAGAAAGGUAUCCGCCGGCUCAUGAAAGACGAGUUUGCAAGAGGAUUGGAGAUUCCAAAGACAGACGAAGAAGGGUUGACAGAACGAUGCCUCCACCGGAGCACUUCAGUCCUUCAUUGGGAGUAUCUGUCACGUUCCCUACAAAACCUUUUCUCAAGUGCUACACAAGACCAAGACACGCCUUCUUUGCAACCCUCCCAACAGGACCCAACACUGCUUCCCAUUCCAAGAACUCUCUUUGAAUGGAAACCGGCCGACCUUUCACCGGGCGGAAAAUGGUACCUCAAACGGGUGGCAAAGCUGGAGGUAGCGGCAUCUCACUAUCCUACACCAGAGGCAGUCAUUGUGGAUGGUUUGAACCGACUGAGAAUCCAUAGAGCCAACUACACCGCAGACGGGCCAGUGCCCAAAUGGCUACAGCUUCUGUGGUGGGAGUUCCCGCAAGAACACUGGGAGGAGUUACGAAUGGGAGCACGUCAAAACUUCGCAAAGGACCCCAGCCCUUGUAUUCAACCCAACGCUCCGAUGGAUGCCACUAUGGAAGAAGCGGCAUCUGCCUUUGUGGACGAGCUUAUGUCCUUAGGCGUGGUCCGAGACAUCGAUGAAGGUUGCCAGAUUCUGACUAAUGCACCAUUGUUUGUGGUCCCCAAGGAAGGACAGGAAGGACAAUGGCGGGUCAUCGCGGACAUGCUUUGUGGCGGCCAGAACGACUGCGUAGCUCAAGACCCGGUAUACAUGCCUCGAAUCUCUCACAUUAUCGAUGAGAUGUACACUGGAGGGUAUUCAGCGGUGGUGGACCUCUCGAAGUUCUUUUACAACUUUCCUACUCACGCUGAGGACCGUCCCUAUUUGGGGCUACUUCAUCCCAGAACGAAGGAACUGGUCACCUACUACGGUUUGGCAAUGGGAGCGGAGCGGCCUUUGUACGGCUGCUUAAGGAACGGUUCGAUGUCUUUCAAGGAACGGGACGUGCGAACUGUUAUUGGACCGGCUUUUCGGAGAUUGGAUUCGACCCAAAGCUUGGCCCAAGCGUUGGGGUUCUUCCUGGACACUGUGGUGGACUGCGGGUUUCUCUUCCACCCCAAGAAAUUGAUAACCCCACGACAGGAAGUCAAAUAUUGCGGGUUUCUCUUUGACACACUCAUUGGUGAGAUUCGUCUUCUUGAGCUUGAAUUGGACUGCAUGCUCCAAGUGGUCCACGUUCCGGGACUUGUUCUCAUUUCCCAAGGCACUGAUGGGUUGAGCCGGGGUGUCUGGAUGACACCCUUCAUCCCAACAUGUCAAGCUCCGAGCUCAACAAAGCCAUCUUCGAACCCCUCCAAUUUGACCGGACUCUGGUGUGGGAAGUCUUCCCAGAGCUUACGCACCCAACCUGUCCAUGGUCCUAUGUUGAUUGGAAUCAGCGAUGGACUGCUUCCCUUUGCAUGGGGAAGACUACUUCCUCCACGACGUCCGCCAUCCUUUUUGUUCCUCGACUCCUGGAGUCCAACUGGAGGAACCUUUCAAGAUAUAUCCAAGAGAAGACAGUUCUCUCUACCCACACAAGAGAACCUUCCGCUACCCGCCAACCCUGCCCAUCCCCAUUGUGGUUCUUUAUCUCGCACCUCACCAACCCUCCUUGUCUCUGUCUCCAAGGUUGGGACGCAACUCCCGGUCCCGCAGCGCCCAGAUGGCACAGGGAACAAGCUGCACUUAUGCGUGGGCUGUAAGCAGGGGUUUACUGCCAAAGAAGAACGGCUGGAAUGCACCUUCUCAAGACGAGGCUUUCACAAGUUUCGCCCCUGCCUUUCAGUGUAUCACAAGCGCUGCUUCCGUGCUGGAGCCCCAUUUACCACUUGGAGGAAAGGCGGGGAGGGUUUGUUCCUUCCCAACUCCGUCACCUGGCCCAAUUUUGUGUGCGAGGCAUGUACCGUUCGUCAAGUCACACAACGUGAGCUGGCUGGACCAUCAGACCAGCACCUCUUGAUGCUGGAACGUAUGCGGAUGUUGGAUACUAUCUCUUACUGGGCGCGUGGGACCCAUCAAACAUACAGUUCCAAAAUCAGAGCAAUCCAACGCUUCCAAUCGGACUACAACGUUCCCAUUCUCAAGCCUACUACUCUCAGUGCGCCGCCAGGAAGCUCAGCGAUCCCUCUGAUGUGGUGCCAAGAACUGCACAGUGUCAAAAUGUCCACUCGGAAAUUUGAUAGAGACGUGCAAGUUCCUCUCUCUUUCGAAACAAUUCGACAGCUCCGAUCGGCGACUUCUCAGUUCCAUGCGUUGGACGCUCUCACUGCAAAACCAGACCAGGUCUCAGUUCCAUGCGUUGGACGCUCUCACUGCAAAACCAGACCAGGCGUACCUGACAAGAGACAACAAACUUCUGUACCAAGACUGUCGUCCCACUGA